UGAUCGACCUUGUCAUCUCGCCUUUUGAAUUGCAACAAAUAGCAAUUUGUGAAUUUUACUAUAAAAAAAUAUUUAGUAGAACAUGCUUGGAUUGCGAUCAGCAUUGAUUGGCACGGCCCGCGCCAGAACUGUGCUGAGGAACGCACCUUUGCCGCUAAAAUUGCAGAAAAAGUAUUCCCAUCAUGACGGGCCCCCACAGCCAUUUGACAAUAUGCCCUUCAGGAUCACGAAUCGGUUCCUGACAACGGUGUUUUUUGCAGUAUUUUUCGGUUCCGGGCUGUGGGCCCCCUUCGCUAUCGUAUGGUAUUCCAUGGCAAAGAGAACAUUGUAA